AUGCAGGCCAAUACGCAGGACCUGGCCGCGCUAUCCUUUUUGGAAUUGCAAAAGUCGGGAUCGAUCUCGUCCAGCCAGGCAGGUUACGCACCCACGGGGCACAACGACGAUGCGGCGCUUCCCGUCCGAGGCAUGUCGCCGCUGCACGACUUGGGUACCCAGCUCAUCCUCUUGCAGCUACGGGAAACUUUGAGAGGAGGCCGGUCGUGUGCCCUUAGGGCGAGUUCCACCUGUGCCUUACGACUCUGGACGCAUGCGAGCGCCUGCAUAAGCCUGAGCACCGCUACGGCGAGCCAGGACUACUUACCGCGACGGUCAACAACAACAUCGACGGAGUUGGGCAGCACGCGUCGCGCCGGUCUGCAACGCUACACGUUCCCCGCCAGCCUCCUCAUCCAGUUCUCCUCUGCACCGUUCAUCGUGCAGGACUGGACCAACGAGCUACCGGCUCCUGGAGCAGCAGCCAGAUCCACUUUGGCAUCGAGAACGGCUAGCUACUGCUCAGGGGCACGUACGACAUGUACGGCAGCUAGCAGCUCGCUCGGCGGGAGCGCGUACACGUACCAGGCCCCUGCAUCCUCCAACCUGCUCCACAACAACAAGCAGAAGGUUAGCCAGGCCGGCCUCUGGGCCGAUAACUGCUUCGGCCAGGACACCAAGCUGCUGCGAGAGCAGUCGGCGCACCUGAUCGGCUGUUAG